AUCUCACUGAAGACAUUCAAACAAAGGUUGGAACACUACUUUACCAGAACAGAAAGGAAACUCAUGCAUCAGAAAAGGUGAUUAAUAAAUGUACCAAAAGAAUAUGGGUGCGCAAAUACCAGAAUCUGAUCAGAUUAAACAGUUUAAGGAAUUUCUUGGGACUGACAAUAAACUUACAGAAAUCUGCUUUUUGGACUGUGUUAAGACUGCACAAGAGAUACUUCAGGAAUAUAAUAUUCAGCAGACUGAAGCUCUGCCAGCCAAAGCAGGACUCCUUGGCCAACCACAAUAGAGAAGUACUAGAUUGCCAACAGCUGCGCAAUGGAAAUGAGUAUGCAUCUGAUACAAUCCCCUGAAAGCAGUUGCCACCUUGUUAA